AAAAGUGACUCAGUUUCAGGGAAAGGAAAUUGGAGUGGACCGAGUCAGAAGACUGUGGACAGGCAGGGGAAGGCACGGCACGGUGAUGCCCUCAACCCGGUCCCUGCGGGGACUCCACCAAGUAGCCUGUCCUGUCUGCACCCGACCCUUGCAGGACGCGGUGACCACAGCCUGCGGACACACUGUCUGCCUACUCUGCCUCCCGCGCACCCCAAUGGGAGCCCAGCUGCUGUGCCCUCUCUGUCAGGGGGCAGAAGAGGAGAAAAUCCAGGCCGCUGUGGCCCCGGUGUCCCUAGGUCCCUUGAGCGAGACCUACUGCGAAGAGCACGGAGAGAAGAUCUAUUUCUUCUGUAAGACAGACGCGGAGCUGCUCUGCGUGUUCUGCAGGGAGGGCCCCGCCCACCAGGCGCACACUGUGGGGUUCCUGGAUGAAGCCAUCCAACCCUACAGGGAUCGUCUCAGGAGUCGGUUAGAAGCUCUAAGAGUGGAGAGGGACAAGAUAGAAGACAAGAAAUGUCAAGAAGACCAGAAGCUCCAGGAGGUUCUGAUGCAGGUUGAAAGCAGGAAGCAUCAGGUAGAAGCUGCUUUUGAAAGGCUGAAGCGGGAGCUUGUGGAUCAGAGAUGCCUCCUGCUGAACAGGCUGGAGGAACUAGAACAGCGGAUCCGUAAGGAGAGGGAAGAGUACAUCAGGAAAGUCUCCCAGGAGGUCGACAGGCUGAGUAUCCAGGUUGAGGAGCUGGAGGAGAAGUGUCAGCAACCAGCAAGUGAGCUUCUGCAUGAUGCCAGACUCAAUCAGAGCAGGUACGAGCUGAAGACUUUUGUGAGCCCAGAGGCCAUUUCCUCUGAUCUUGUCGAGAAGAUCCGAAACCUCCACAGGAAAAUACUUAGCCUCCCAAAGAUGAUGAGGACAUUUUCAGAAAACUUGAUGCAGCAUCUGGAGACAGAUUCAGGCUCCUAGGUACUGUGCUGCUGCUGUUCCGGCCACUUCACUUUAAGAAACAAAUCCUCAGACACAGCUGCCACUUCUGUCCUCCAGAAACAGAAGCCUAGGAAGCAGGUAGCCUGGACGGAUGCCACUCCAUCCUGAAGCGGGGGGGAGAGGGGUCACUCUGGACCCACAGACCACAACCCCAAGUUCAGUCCUCUCUGUAACCGCCACUUGAGUGGCGGCUGCAUCAUGAGAAUGGUCCCCGAAGUGUCCAAGGUGAGGGGACAGCAGAACCUGGACAUUGAGGACAUCGAGUGUCUGGGCCAUAAUAUUUUUGCUCCAACUGGCCAGCACCCAUCUGCCAUGCAAAAGGAAACGCAGCUGUCCUGCACAGUGUAUGUGACCAGGUGUGGUAGAGACCUUGCAAAUGUCCCACACCAAGGCCUCAAUCCCCAUUGUUUUCUAAUCCUAUCCCACCUGGAAAGUAAGUUCCUGCCUGCCUUUGAAAGACUGAGGUGGAGCCAGGGAAAUGUGGCAGACACACCAGCACCCUAGAACCCAGCUCUGUCCCUAGCAUUCAAAACUGAGGUUGGAACUUAGGGUCUGGGAAUCUCGUGUUGCAGCUCCUUUCAAUCCUGUUCCUGGGCCUGGUGAUCUCUCUGAAUGGAGAGCCAGAAGACAGGAAGACACUGCCCUAAACACCAGCAAAGCUAUGAGUCAAUGGAAUUUGGAAGUGAAACAAACAAAAAGCUGUAAAAGCCUCAAAAGCUGUAAAAGCCUCAAAAUGACCACUGUAGGGUAACCAGGAAUCUGUUUACUUGUACUAAUUUAUAAUGACUUUUGGACACAAAGCUGGAGAUGCUAAGGGGCUUCAUCAACAACUCUGGAUGGACCCCAAAGCCCCUUCAGCUCAUUUAUCUAUGUUUUGAGAGGAUGUUUUAAUAAACUAUGUAACC